GAGCAGCGCGGCAUCGGAGUGUACGUCAAGGACCUCACUGAGGUGGUGGUCGAGUCUCCCGACAGACUGGCUGAGAGCAUAGACCGUGGCUUCGAGAACAGGGCCACCGCGGCUACCAAGAUGAACGAGGCCUCGUCGCGCUCGCACUGCGUCUUCACCGUGAAGCUCCACCAGAAGGACGCCGAG